UGCGCUGCUGCAGUGACUCAUCAGCAUCCUGAGGGGGAAAUAGUGAUGGGUUUUUUCUUCUUUGCUGGGAGGAAUAUGAUUCUAAGGCUGGUGGUUUCUUCCUUCUCUGUUUAGAGUUUACUUGAGGCUACUUUUUAAAAUGUAUUUUCUACUAUUCUCUCCACUGGAAUCUUUCUUCCUAGGGCUACAAUCCCCGUUACACCCAGACAUACCACGUGUCCUGCAUUUUACCUGCUUUUUUUUUGCCACUUCCACUGGUUUCUGUCACCUGCCAACACCUCAAUGGUCAGCAAUGGCUUCCUGGAGAGAGCUUCCCUACUUAAGGCUCAGUCCCUAGCUUACAGACUGUCCUGCCCAGGAUCUGUUGCUGAGUGGAGGAAGUGCAGCCAAGCCAUCAUUCCUCGACAGUGACAUGUUGCCUGCAGCAAAACUGAGCAAGGAGCAGCUGAAGGACAAGCUGGAUGCCCUUCAGUGUCACUUCACCUGGAUGUUGGGUGUUGAAUCUUGCAGUCCUCAGCAUCUCCUGCAGAAGUUGGAUGUUGAGAUCAAGCACACAGCCCACCAGAACCAGCUGGCCCUCCUGGGGCUUCAGGCAUACCUGCACCAACUGAAUAACCAGAGCAAGGAAGCUCUGCAGAGCCUCAGAGCUGCUGAGGAACACAAGGAAGAGGAGCAGCUGGCAUCUACUGCUGGCUCUUUGAUCACCUACGGGAAUUAUGCUUGGAUUCACUACCUUCAGGGUUCCUAUCAGGAGGCUGAAACCUGCCUGGAACAAGUUCAGCAGCUCUGCCCAACUCCUUGGGAUGUGCGGCUGAUCCCGCACAUCCAGGCUCAGAAAGGCUGGUCCCUCCUGGCUCUCAGAGCCCGAAAUGGGGAACGGGCAAGAGAGUGCUUCAACGUGGCCUUGAUGAUUGAACCACAGAACAGAUCUUUCCGUACUGGGCUUGCAAUGGCUUUUUAUUCCUCCUGGAAUUUCUCCUGGCAACCUGAUGUUGAAAGAGAAGUCAGAAACCAGUUGGAAAGAAUUGUCAGCGAGCAGCCAAAUAACUACAGAGCCAAAAUAUAUUUGGCCAGGCUACUUGAAGAAGUAGAUAGGGAAAAGUCAAUUGGCUUGGCCAAAGAAUGUGCAGAGAAAAGCUCUGACCCAGAGGUCCUCAAACUAUCAGCUUUGUUCUGGAUGCCACAGUCGACCGAGCGAGCGCUUGAGAUCAUCCAGCGAGCCCUGCAGCAGGACCCAGGUUACCAUCUUCUCUACCAGGCCUUGGCCAACUGCUACAAGCAACAGUGGGUUAAAGCAAAGGAGGAAGACAAGGAUAAGAUACGGUGUAAAGCCAUCAAGGACCUCCAGAAAAUUGUGCAGACACAUCCAGACCUUGACCUUACACUUGCCAAGCUUCAGUUGGCAGAGUUCAUUGGUGCAAAAAACUCAGCACAGGAAAAAGAGAUCUACAUGGAACUACAGGGGAAAAUCAACACCCUGAGCCUCAGAUGCCGUCAAGCCCUGAGUCUCUCCUGGGGAAAGUACUUCCUCUACCGAGAGAGAUCCCAGAAGAAGGCAAAAGCCAAGUUCAUGGAAUGUUAUAACAUUCCCGUGCAGACAGAUCACAGGCGGGACUGUGGGCGCAGACUGGUGAAGAUGGCUCACAUCUGCCAGAGCAAGGGUGACACCGACACUGCCAGUGCCAUCCACCGCUUCCUCCAAGAGGCCGACCGGCACUGCCCAAGGAACCUGCUGCACUAGGUUUAGAUGAUGAGGAUCAGCCCACAGAGUAGGGCAUGACUUUUGCCAAGGCUAGAAGGCCAAAAGGACUGUCUGGCUCUGCAAAGCAGGCCCAUCCCUCACAUGGACCUGGUGGUUCUGUCAGCUCCUCACGUUGUCCCAUUGCUCAGCCGUCAAAUCCAGGCCCACUCGUGGGUAACUCAAGUCCCCAAAGCUUACGCACGCUGCUGUGUCCUGCUUCUCCCAGAGGGAAUGAAAACAAGAGUGAAGAAUUUGUCUUACAGGAUCCAGGCACAAUCUUCUAUAGGUGUGGACUUGUGUCUCUCCCUUGGAGCUGCCAUUGACCAGAACCAAAUGCUGAUUAGGGCAAUGUGAGAAAUCAACUUGUUAAUUAUAAGAAUUCUACCAUUUACAAUGAACCAGGAGGUGAAUUCCUCCACAAGACCAGUGAGGAGCCAUGAUGAAGGUGAAGUCUUUCUACACAGGACACAGAUGGUCACUGGCCUGUCCAAAUGCAUUAAAUUAUGCUGAUUAAGGAGCCCACAGGGGUGAUUUUAUCUGCAUUAAUCCUCAGAAGCCCACACAUGCCUGCCCCUGGCCUGGAUAUAAACCAGCUUUCUUGUACUGGUUCCCACCAAGAAUGACAUUUUCAUCCCUGUUUCUGAAGCCAAAAUGAGGCUUUUAAAAAUUUUUGCUUAAUAAAUAUU